UGUAUCGUUUGCGAAGCGUACCGUAAGCGGAAAGCUUCCACCACACGCAUACCACAAGUUCGAUCGUCUCUUAGCGCGUUCUUGUUGUGUUGAUACCGGCGAACGAGUACUACCGGCGGUUUUGCAAUCGACGCUUGUUUUUAGUGGUUGUUGUUUAUUUACCGGUUACGGAGGUUGCCAAAGGCCGUCUUUUCACAGUUUCUUGGAAAUUAUCAGUCGGUUCGAGCGAAAAUGAAAGAUUUCUACAAUAUAUGGAAUAGGUUAUUCGGAAAAACUUACGACGCGGUCCAAACGGGCGACUACGGCAGAGAUGCGGAAAACACGCAGGAUGAGACCUGGAGAUCCAGGAGGAACGAGUACAGGAAACGUGCGUUUACUUAUACGUUUCUUGGAAUCGGCGCCUUAUUGUCCGGGAUUUUUAUAAUGGUGGUUGACCCCUACAACCUUCUUUACGAGUGGAAAUUGGUAUUCGGCAAGGGGGGCGAGAUUUACUCGUUGUGGGAAAACCCGCCGGUGGCGCUCUACUUAAAAGUAUACCUUUGGAAUAUCACCAACAAGGAGGAGUAUAUGAGCGGCAAAGAUAAAAAGCUCAAGUUCCAGGAGAUCGGGCCUUACGUCUAUAGGGAGUUAAUGACCCACGAGAAUGUCACUUUCAACGACAACGGCACCCUCACCACCAACCCGAGUCACCCCCUAGUUUGGGUACCCGAACUCUCCGAAGGAAGACGUGAGGAUGACCUCCUCAUACUCCCCAAUAUCGCGCUAUUAAGCAUAGCCGACGUCGCGUCCAAGAAGGGCCUGUUCACGCGGUUGGGUCUCAACGUCGUCAUCAGGCAAACCAAGUCGGAACCGCUAGUCAAAAUGACCGCCAGGGAGUUUAUGUUCGGUUAUAAAAGCACCCUCAUGACCCUGGGAAACACGUUCAUGAAUUCGUGGAUUUACUUCGACAAACUCGGCCUUAUAGAUAGGAUGUACGAAUUCAGCGGCGAUUACGAAACGUUUUACACCGGUCAGAAAGACGGAAUCAAAAAUAUCGGCCUUCUGGACAAGUACAACGGACAAAUUAGGAUCCCGCAGUGGGAGAGUCCCUGCGGUGACGUCACGGGAGCCUCCGACGGCACCAAGUUCCCCGGUAACAUUCAGCCGGACGAGAAGUUGCUAUUUUUCCGGAAGAGCAUGUGCAGAGCUAAAGAACUGGUCAGAGUCAACGAAACCGUUGUCGAUGGUCUUCGAGCUUACGUGUACCACUUCGCGAACGAUACCGACGAUAAUGGCCGAUUGCGGCCGAAGAACCGGUGCUUCUGCAAAGAAAGCGACAUCGACAAAUGCCUGCCGAAUGGUCUGUUAGACGUCAGGGGGUGCUACUACGGUUUUCCCAUAGCUCUCAGCUACCCUCACUUCUUGGACGGCGACAAGUCGCUGAUGGCCAAGGUGGAGAGCGGGUUAAAUCCGGACCCCGAGAAACACAAGUCGUACUUCGUCAUACAGCCGGAUUCCGGGUUGCCAAUUAAUUUGGCCGUGAGAUACCAGAUCAAUAUGGCGCUGGGAAACUUGGAGAACAUCGCCAAUUCGGAGAAAUUCACCGACAUGAUCUUGCCGCUUUUGUGGACCGAGAACGGGAUGUACGGACUGCCACCGAGCCUCUCCCUGCGCUUCAAGCUCUACAUCAGCAUCCUGCCGGUCGUCCAGUCUUGCCUAAAAUACGCUUCGUUCCUCGGCAGCGUGGUGCUGUUGGUGUGCGCGGUCCGAAAGUUCGUUCUGUCGAAAAGGGGAACGGACGCCGGAAGAUCGCCUUGGAUCGAGGACUCCUUCGUCACGAACAUAGAGAGGAAACUGUCCGGUUACAUCCCGGAAAAACGGGACAGCAUGAGCGCGAGGGAGCUUAAAGUGUACGUCGAAAAAUUGAUGGUGCCGCUCAACCAGAAGAUCAUCACGCGCGAUGACGAGUAAACGAAAAGCCGGACAUUUUCAUUUGUUGUGAUUUUAAUUGUUAUUAUUUAUUGUAAUCGGUUUUAUAACGUUCCGGAAGUCAUCGCGUGAUACUAGGCGUCGUUCGACUUUUUUAGGUUAGGUUCGGAUUCGACCAGUGACUUUUAGUACCGGGCCAUAAUAAUUACUUUUAAUUCCGAUGAAUUUUUGACACGUUUUAGUGGCAACUGUUCACCACGCUCAUUUUUUAUUUAUGUAAGCAGGGGUAUAAUUUUAAACAAAAUGUUUGUGAUACUACAUGUGUAAAUAUGCGCGCCUUCAAGUUUUUAGUUCCUUUGGUUUGUAUUUUUGUAUGCUUUUACCGAAUCACGUGAUUAAGACAUGUUAAUUAUAUCGUGCUGCCUAAUUGGGCUAAAUUUUGUCAAACAUACAUCAAUGCUUACUAUUUUAGCCUUCCGAAAUGGACGUUCGGGUCAGUAGGUAUAAUUUUAAUAUUUAUUUAGCGCAAUCGCUCAGCACCUCAUAUUUUACCUACGGGUAGCAUCAUUAUUUGAACGGAUCUCAAAUAUGCUUUGGGUGAGAUUAAACGUAUUGGGUUAGCUAGAAAGAGGCCGAUUGCGAUUUAUUUGUAAGCCAUUAAUUUAAUAAAAUGUUUA